AAAGUUAUGUCCCACAUUAGAGUGGCAUUCGCUCCACUCGACACCAAUCCGUCGACAUGUGGUCUUGAGACGUUCGCAACGCAAAUCGAAACGUUGUCUCAAAUGAUGACCGCGGAGGAAAUGAAGGCGGAAUUAUACGACUGCGUUAGGAGAAUUUUGCGGGAGCAAAAGUUUGAUCAAAUUCGUGAAAACGAAGCGAUGCUCCGUCUCUACAAAGUUAUGGGUCGAUCUAGUACAAACCUGAAGGGAAGAGGCAUUUAUGAACAACUUUUCAAAAAGGAUCAUUUCACUGGUUCGCUGAAGUUCUAUCUGCAAUGGGCAGAAGAAUGUGGAAAAGAUCAAAUGCUGGAGGAAUUCAAAGAUGUCCUGAAGUUGGCACGAGAUCGUCUUUCCGAAAGAAUAGAAAUGACAGCAAUUGAAUCGGGAUUUCGCGAUUUGGUCGAUGAAUACUUCAAUGGAGAAUCUGGAGAUAUGUUCACACGACCGGAUGAGACUAUGGAUCUUUUCAGAUUCAAUGCGGGUUCUAAGAAAAAGCGUCGCUCUUCGGUUUGCUUUUUGCAACACAAUGUGCCUAUAAAUAACUCGGGAAAAGCUGCAUUUGGACCAAAAACCAAAACGGAUCUUCGCCAGGCGUGUAUCGACAGGCCAAACUAUCAUGGAAUAUCGAUUGAGGAGUUUCGUUUUGCCAAAUGGAAGGACACUUUCGGAGAAGAUGUUGAUGACGAUUACCGAAAACGAAAAGACUCUGGUGUCGUUUUCGUGAAACAUCAAGUCAUUGAUACCGACAGACAAGCCCGCGAAGAAGUUGAAAACCGAUUCAACGCCAAUCUAAAUCCUAGAAGACGUCAUCUUUCACCAGUCAGUGAGAAAACGGUUGAUGAUGAGGAGGAAAAGCGAAGCCGGAUUUAUUCGCCGCUGGUUGCAACGAAGGAUGCUCACAGACCUGCACUUCGGAGCAAAAUUGAGAAUCCUCCAGCGACAGUGACACUUUCGUCGGAUACAAAGUCUGCUUCGGAGAAAGAUGUUAGUGAUUCCGAUGAUGCAGAUGAUGAUGAAAGACUCAAGAUUAUGACUGCCGGCAGAAAAGAUGGUAACCCUCCAGACCGUUCCACAAGCAUAUCUUCCAACUAUUCAACUGCUUCUGCAAGAACAUCAAAGAGUGGAGCUGGAUUGGAUUUGAUGGCGGAAAAUAAGUGUUUGGAGGCACAUGCUAUGUUUUCCGACACUGUACAUCUUGCUAGCGAAAAGACAAUGGUCCUUGGCGAUGAUUCUGUCUUCGUUCCAGAAAGAUCUUUAGCUACUACGCAGAUAGUUACUGACUUUUCCGUGCUCUGUGAUCCUGAUCCGACAAUGACCAUUACACAGGAGCGUCCGAAAAAAGUGUCGAAUGGGUUGAAUGUUGUUUACGAUGAGGCAGCCGAACCGGAAGAAUCUCAGAAAGUUGAGGAAUCUGAAGUACAACCCGAAAUUGUCCUAGUUUCUCCAGUGACGCAAACCUCACCAGCUACAAUGUUUAAUGAUAUUUAUGACGAUGAAAUCGAGUUUGGCUUUUUCAAACCGUCUCGUGGUAAUUUCGUCACAUCGACCCCCGCACAAGGAGUUCAUUUGGUCAACAUUGAUGAAUAUUUCGGAAAUAAAGAGGAGGAAAGCACUCACGAACAGGAAGCUCCAGUAUUUGUUGCUCCAACCAGCAGUACUUUCAGUAAAUUAACACGUCGAAAGUCACUAGCAGCAAAUCAAGCCGUUCAGCCCUCAGUCACAGAGUCAUCAAAGCCUGAACGAUCAGAUCCUAAAGAUUCAUCUAUCGAUUGUUUGACAGCUAAUCUAGGAAGACGUCUUUCAAUUGGUGCUGAUGAAAUUCCAAAUCUCACUGAAAACAACGAAUCUGAAAUCACUGGUUGCAAGAUUCGUCGGCGCAGUGAAAUUAUCAAGCAAGGAGACAUCAAUCCAUGGGACGAAACUCUUCGAAAAAAAUUGAUGUGUCUUGUGCGUCCUCCCCAGAAUAUGCACGAGUUCCAAGAACGAGCACCGAAGAUUCAAGCUCUGAGAGACUGCGAGGUUAGCGGAGAAAAGCUCCACAUUCAAACUCUUAUUGGUCAAGGUGGAUACGCUAAAGUAUACCGGGCUGUAACCGAUGAUCAAAGGACAGUAGCUGUGAAGUACGAGGUGCCAUCAUGUUCGUGGGAAGUGUACAUUUGCGACCAAAUGCGGAAUCGCCUGAAAGAUCGAGGUUUGGAGCUGAUGGCCAAAUGUUGCAUUAUGGAAGUGAUGGAUGCUUAUGUUUAUUCAACUGCUUCGCUUCUUGUUAAUCAGUACCACGAAUAUGGAACGCUGCUUGAAUAUGCGAAUAACAUGAAGGAUCCGAAUUGGCACAUAACCUGCUUCUUGAUUACCCAAAUGGCCCGAGUUGUGAAGGAAGUCCAUGCCUCUAAAAUUAUUCAUGGAGAUAUCAAACCGGAUAAUUUUAUGAUCACCAGAAAGAUCGAUGAUAAAUGGGGCAAAGAUGCUCUGAUGAGUAACGACAGCUUUGUCAUCAAGAUUAUCGACUGGGGACGUGCCAUUGACAUGAUGCCACUGAAGAACCAGCGUUUCAAGGGAAGAGCAGGAACAGAAGCGUUUGAUUGCCCGGAAAUGGUUGACGGUCGUUCUUGGACUUACCAAGCCGAUUACUUCGGAUUCGCCGCAACAAUGGCUGUCGUUGUUGCAGGAAAGUAUGCACAGUUGACUGGAGCUAGCGUUGGAGACUAUUCGUUAAAUGUCGACAUCAAGAGGCGCAACAUUCUUCGCGAUGCUUGCUACGAUGUCAUUAACAGAUUCCUCAACAUCCCUUCGUGUGAUUCACUUCCGGACUGGAAUAUCCUGAUCAAGUCUUUCUCGGAAAUCUGGAAUGAAAAGUUUGAAGCAUCGGGAUGGCGACAGGCGGUUUCCAAGUUCAAUGAGGCCUGUGAUCUUGCCGCCAACCAAAAGUAGCCCAACACAAUGAAUUUGUAUUUCGUGCUCUUAUUGCUCUCUUUUAUUGUCUUUUGUAUUGAUAUCAUGUGAAUAAACUCGUUCGGAGCUUU